AUGGACAGUUUCAUUACUAUUGCUUGGCCUUUUGUUAGGAAACCACAAGUCCUUAUACAUGAUGAAGGAUACUUCAUUUUGCGGUUUGAUACUGUUGAACAACGUGAGAAAGUCAUGGAAGCUGGCUCUUACUAUUUUCACAAAAAACCUUUUGUCCUUCAAAACUGGGAAUUGAACUUUGAAUUUGACCCUGAUUGCCUUACAACCAUCCUCCUUUGGGUAACCUUCCCUGGGCUGCUGGUGGGAUACUGGUCAACUGAUGUUCUAAGCAAAGUUGCAAGUGCAAUUGGACGUCCACUAUAUAUAGAUAAGUUUACUGCUUCAAUGGAUAGGAGCUCCUUUGCCAGGAUUCUUGUUGAAGCUGAUGUUGCUCAACCAUUACCAGACAUUAUAGAAUUGCUUACUCCAGCUGGAUCAUUUACACAACAACUUAACUACGAUUGGAAGCCAAAAUACUGUACUGAAUGUUUGAAAUUUGGCCACAUUGCUGCUAAUUGCUGGAAUGCAGCAGAUGAGGGUCCAAGGUUACAAGAAUUCCAUGAAGUAAAGAAAAAAAGGAGGAUGAGAAAUAGGAAGAGACAAUCACACCCUGAGCAGGGUUGGAAAGCAAAUGAGGUGGUAGAACAACAAGCAGAUGAAAUAAUUAAUGUGGUAGUUGAGAACCCUGCUCCACCUCAGAAUCUUGCACCACCUGCUACCCAAGAGGCUAUUAAUAGCCCAAGGAAUGCUCCUGAUCCUGUAGCUAGCCAAGAGGCAACUGUUCAAAAUGCUCAAUACAAAAGUGUUGUUCCAACUGCUAAUAGUUAUGAAGUUCUUCAGGCAUAUGCUGAUGGCCAUGCUGGAGAACAAAGGGUUGAUAAAAACCCUCCAUGA